GGUAUCCCGUAGUAACCGGUGUCUGCCCACCCAUCCCAUGCCCUCAGCCGUCCCCGGUCGCGUUCCCUUGUUUGUUGACGUUCUCCUAAACGCACCGUUAGCUCGAGGCACCGGGGGCGAUGCACCGGCUCCUGCGGGACAGUUUGUGCGGUAGCAAGUGAAAGGGACGUCGGGCUAAAAGUAUGAUCGCCUCGCUGUCAAAGGGGAGCUCACUGGAGGACGUUCUUCAUGGGGGUUUUAACGAGCAUCAACUUGCGGCGUACGUUUCCUGGGUCAACUCUCAGCUGAAGAGGAAGCCGGGACUGAAACCCAUUAGUAACCUCAGACUCGAUCUGCAGGAUGGGGUGGUGCUGACACAUCUCAUAGAGAUAGUCGCUGGGGAGGUGCUGGAGGGAGUACAUCCGUCUCCGCGAGACAAAGAGGAGAGCAGAAAGAAUGUCGAACACGUCCUCCACUUCAUUUCCUCAAAGCACAUACGCAUGCCUCACAUAUCCGCUAAAGACAUAGUGGAUGGUAACCUGAAGUCUCUGAUGAGGAUAAUCCUUGCACUGGCUGCCCACUUCAAACCAUCAGCCAAUCACAGGGCCGCGUCCGGAGCAGGGCGGAACUCCAGGCGUGCUCAGUCCAAUCACAACCCUCACUCUGCGGUGGCCCUGGCACAAGGUGCAGCCGCAGCUCUAGCGUCCGCCAGACACGACGCCUCGCUGCCUGUGCGGCACUCACACCUGCGCAGCGGCUUCGGGCUGGAUGAGGAGGGGAGUGUGUGUGUGCGUGCACUCGUCAAGCAGUACGAGAGGGGGGCUCCAGAGGACCCGGAUACAACUCAGCCAAGCAGCCUCAGCUCAAUCAGUCCCCUCGCCUCCCCACGAGCUCCAGACACCAGCCAAUCAGAUGUCAAACACACACAGGACAGCCAAUCUCAGCAGGACAGUGUUCAGUUGUUAAGUACUGGAGGGAAGACACCUUGGGAUGAGGCUGUGGGAGAAUCGUUGGAGAAGGAGAUGGAAGAGGCUCGUAAAAUGGUGUCUGCUCUCCAGGCUCUGUUGCUGAAUGGGGCGCUGCCUGAGGAAGAGGAGCAGGCAACACUGCAGCUGGAGGAAGACGAUGCACAACAACUGGUGGUGGUUCGCAGUCGAUUGGACCAAAGUAUGGAGGAGGUUCGUGUACUUAAGAGGGAGCUACUCUGCUGUAAGCAGGAGAUGAGGAACUUGCAAGGAGUGAAGGAGGCCCAGCAGCAGAGGCUGUGUGUCCAGGAAGCGUCCAUCCUGCAGAUGAAACAGGAAGUGCUCAGGUCUGGCAUGGCAAGGGAGGAGCUGGUCAAUCAGAACGCAGAGCUUCAGUGGAAACUAGAAGAAUGCACCAGACUGUGGAGCGAAUGCAAGAAGGAGGCGGGGCAGAAGGACAGAUUAUUGCAACAGCACAAGCAAAAACUGGAAGAGAGCCAAAAGCAACAUGGUGAGCUGCAGAGAGAGUUGGAGCACAAGACCAGCGUUCUGCAGAGUCUGAGGAGACAGGACAACCAGCAGAUUUCUACGGACUCAGACAACAAUGGCUACUGUCAGACAGGAAGUCCAUCUUCUUCUUGGUCAGGGCAGGCGGAGGAGCUGCAGCUGGUCCGGGACGCGGUGAGGAGCCUGAGGAACAGCUUCAGGGACCAGGACCCCCAACACCACACCCUGGACACCCUGGAGCAGGGGGUCUCCUCACUGAUAGACCGGCUGUCUCACACCACCCAGCAGGGGAGGAGCAAGUCCCCAAGGCACAGAACCACCAGCCCAGAUCAGGACCCCUGGCCCACCAAGAUCAGCCACUCCUUCAGUGGCUCCUCCUCCACUAAAGUCCUUUACUUCACCAACCACUCCCCCACGCCCUCCAUGGUCCACAUCCCGAAGAGGCUGGGGGAGGUGACACUGAAGGAUGUGAAGGAGGCGGUGGACUGCAAGGGGAACCUCAGGUACCACUUCAAGGCCCUGGACCCCGAGUUCGGCACCGUCAAAGAGGAGCUGUUCCUAGAUGGAGCCGUAGUUCCGGGCUGGGAAGGGAAGAUUGUAGCCUGGGUGGAAGAGGACCAUGGUGAAGACAGACCCCCCUAGCGUGAGGAGCAGAGUCUGCUCGGUUUGAGGAGCCCGUCGCUCCAACCAGGCAGAGACGUGGACCAGGAAGAGACGCCUCUCCCUGCUCGAGAGCCUCAGGCUCACCGAAAAGUGUUGACUGACGGAGGAACAGACGGACGGACAGACAGACACCUUAAGCCUAGUGCCUUAUCUACUGAAAAAUAUGGUACUCUGUGGUCCUCUACACUCAGGUUGCCUGCACCGUUCUGCACGGCAGGACUACAAGAAGCCUUUAGUGAUCAGAAUUAAGGUUCCAUAUUAUUGAACACAAAUGAAUUGAAUUCAAGGAGAUUAUCCCCCCCCCACCCCCCCAUCUAUACAGUACAUUCCACAGUGGACCUUGUGAGAUUAGGAUCUGACCACAGCCUAUAAGAUUAAUUUGGUGUAUUGUUCAGGGCUUUGGUACAUACGUUGUGCUGAACAUUCCCACCAUCAUGUCACAUGACGACGUGAGGCUGUGGAGGAGCUGUGCCACUAGUUCUUAUUUUGAUGGUCUGGUGGUUCAUGUGUUGGAGUCGCCUUCUAGGUCUCACUCCACACGCCAUACACUAGACUUCUGGUACUUUAGUGGAGCUCAUAUUACAAUGGGUUCAUUGGAAACCUCUCCAACCGCCCCUGGGGAGCUGUCAUACUACUGUGUUGUGUGUAUUGAGGAUAUCGAUGAGUGUGUUUUUGAAGAGUAGAGUCUCUGGGUUCUUGCCUGCUGUAGUAUUUCGUUGCAGUAUUCAACCACCAGCUAGACCAAGGACAGGGGAAGUGGUUUCUUAACGAGCGAGCCUCUGUCAAAGUGGAGAAUAUUUCAUCACAGUGAGUUAGCAGAACUGUUUCCUACACGAGGAGUGUUUCCUACACUUCCUCGUGAUGGUUUAUUGAUAUUCCACUGGUUCUCCAUCUUUCGUUAUCCAAUGGAAAUUUCGAUUUUUUUCUUUGAACGUAGAAUUUAGUUUUACCUUGCCUGAUGAAGAUGGGUUAGAUGUGUGUGUGUGUGUGUGUGUGUGUGUGUGUGUGUGUGUGUGUGUGUGUGUGUGUGUGUGUGUGUGUGUGUGUGUGUGUGUGUGUGUGUGUGUGUGUGUGUGUGUGUGUGUGUGUGUGUGUGUGUGCACAUGCUAGAAAAGGCCCGGAAGCCUAUCAUAUCUAGAGAUUUUAAUGUAUUUCGCUUGAUUGAAAGACUUCAGAGUGAUUUCUUUUUUGCAACUAUAGAAUAAGGAUAUCGUUUGUUUGAAAUGUUUCACAUCAGGUUGAUUGUACCCUUAGACAUUCACACAAGCACACACGCACUACUUUAUUGUAAAUGACGCUGGAUGUGUGAAGAUAAAGCUAGAAGAUGUGUGCAUAGAGACUCAGAGGAUGUAAUGCUUACUGAAUUCGCUGUAUUUUAAAUAUUUUGGUCAAGUACUUUUUACGUUUUUCUUCAUCGGGUUGUUUGAGGAGAGAUUUACAUGAUGUAUCUUAACGUACUGUUUGUGUGCAACUGCAUGUAGGUCGCAAUUAUGACCGCAAAGCCUCACUGAGCCAUGUUUCUAACAUACAGUGUGUGUGUGUGUGUGUGUGUGUGUGUGUGUGUGUGUGUGUGUGUGUGUGUGUGUGUGUGUGUGUGUGUGUGUGUGUGCG